UGCCCUGGAAGGAAAUGGUCACAUGUUCGUGGGUCAAAUAAAUAAUAUUCCCCACAUGGAGAGACAUGUGCAAACUAAGGUAUUUAUAUGUUUGUAACAGACAAGAGUUUUCACCAUGUGCUAUACGCAUGUAGGUUGAUUUUAGGUUGAAUUAUUCGGCUGUAGUUCAAUAGAUUGUUAGCUAAGAUAAGCCGCUAUAGCUAGCGGUUACAAAUAGCCGGUUAAAGUUAGCGUCAGUACCUUGAGUUAAAAUUGUAGAGAUGAAGGGGAAAUUGAAGCAGAACAGCAAAAAGAAGAAGGGGAAUGCUGUGUUACAGAAGUACCUGGUGUCAGUGGAUGAGUUUAUUAAAAGUAAAAGUGGCACCGAAGAUGGGGAGAAUGACCACGGCUUGAGAUUUGUAAAAAAGAAGAGCAGAAAGGAGCUGCGCAAAGAAAAGCGAAAAAUGAAAAAAGCCAAAAUGAAAAGUCAUUAUGAGGGUAAAAAGACCCUCAGUUUGACCUCAGGUGAGAGUGAAAUACCAGCUGAUAAUCAGUCUCAGCAGCAGAAGAAGAAGAAAAAGGGGAAAGUAAAGAAAGAAGUGUCAAAAACAAAGUCCAGUAGUGCUACUACAGAAAAAACAGACAGCUCCAAAACACCAUCAUCUUCCAAGAAGGGCAAGAAAAUCAAUAAGCUUCAAGAAUCAAGAAAAAUGGCUCUUCUGGAGGCAAAUGAAGACGAGGACAGAGAAAUAAAGAAAUUAGAGAAGUACCUGGGAUUAAACAAGAGAAAAAACAAGAAAAGUUUGCCUCAAUCGUUUGUGGCUGAUGGACUGGAUUACAUCCUGGGUAUGCUUGACUCUGGCUCAUCAGCUGCAGGGAUGUACAAUGAUGAUGAUGAUGACAUGGACAUGGCCAAGGAUAACUUUGAAAAACUUGAUGAGGAUGAAGAACCUGGAGAUGAGAUGGCAAGUGAGGGCAGCGAUGAAGAUAUGGAUUCGAUUGACGAUGAAAAUGAGGAGGAUGAGAAUGAUGAAGAUGGUGAUGAUGAUGAUGAUGAUGAUGAUGAUGAAGAAGAAAUUGAUGAGGAAGAGGAAGAAAUGGAGGCUGAGCUGGAUGAGAGUGAUGCAGCUGGCACAGAUGAUGAAAAUGAAGGGGAAGGAGAGGAAGAAGCAGACACUCCUGACACAACAUCAGGGUCAAAGUCAGAAAUUGUCAACUCUGCAGCAGGCAAGUAUGUGCCACCUCACCUGAGAAACGCAGGAGAUAAUAAACGCAAAGCUGAGCUUGAGAAGCUGAAGAGGAACGUGAAAGGCCUGGUGAACAGGCUGACUGAACCCAACAUGGCGUCCAUCAGUGGUCAGCUGGAGGAGCUGUACAUGAGCUGCAGCAGGAAGGAUAUGAACGAUACCCUAACAGAGAUCCUACUAGCAGCCUGCGUUAUCCCGUCCUUGAUGCCCGACAGACUACUGAUGGAGCAUGUCCUGCUUGUCAGCAUCCUCCAUCAUGCCGUCGGGUUGGAGGUGGGAGCCCAUUUUCUGGAAUCUGUUGUGCGAAAGUUUGACGAGGUGUACAAGAACCCAACUGAAAGCAAGGAAUGCGAUAAUCUGGUCGCCAUUGUCGGUCACCUCUACAACUUCCAGGUGGUGCAUUCUGGCCUCAUCUUCGACAUCCUAAAACUUUUGAUUGGAGCCUUUACAGAGAAGGACAUUGAACUAGUUUUAUUACUUCUGAGGAAUGUCGGCUUCGCCCUGAGGAAGGACGACGCUCUGGCUCUCAAGGAGCUCAUCUCUGAAGGCCAACGCAAGGCCAGCGACAUGGGCUCCAAGUUUCAGGAUCAGACCAGGGUGCGUUUCAUGCUGGAAACUAUGCUGGCUUUAAAGAACAAUGAUAUGAGGAAGAUCCCGGGCUAUGAUCCUGAGCCUGUAGAGAAACUGAAGAAGUUACAGAGGACUCUGAUCCAGCGGCGUGCAGGAGGCAGUGACAUGAAAUUGAGGGUCUCUCUGGACAAUCUCCUGGCAGCAGAACAAGUGGGCCGCUGGUGGAUCGUCGGCUCCUCGUGGAGUGGAGCGCCCAUGAUCGGCGAAAAAGGGAACGCAACCUCAAAAGAGAGUACUGCAGAAGGAAAGUUUAGUGCCAAAGUGUUAGAGCUGGCUAGGAAACAGAGGAUGAACACUGAGGUCAGACGAAACAUCUUCUGUGUGAUAAUGACCAGCGAAGAUUACAUGGAUGCUUUCGAGAAACUGCUCAGGAUGGGCCUGAAGGACAAGCAGGAGAGAGAGAUUGUUCAUGUUCUGAUGGACUGCUGCCUGCAGGAGAAAACCUUCAAUGCCUAUUACGCCGUACUGGGGGAGAAAUUCUGCUCCCACGAUCGCCGCUUCCAGAUGACUUUCCAGUUCAGCCUAUGGGACAAGUUCAGGGAGCUGUCCAACCUUCCCAGCAGCACCUUUAACAACCUCGCUCAGCUGGUUACUCUCUUCCUUCAAAAGAAGUGCCUCUCACUCUCCAUACUCAAAGUGAUAGAGUUUGGGGAACUUGAUAAGCCCACAGUGCGCUUCUUGCGUCAGGUGCUCAACAAACUGCUGAAAGAGGUUGAGUCUGAGGACCUGGCCAGCAUAUUUGGAAGGAUCUCAGGAAUUCCCAAGCUAGGAAUGCUGCGGGAGGGCUUGAAGCUCUUCAUCAGCCACUUCCUGCUAAAGAAUCUCCAGUCACAGGGACCAGCUGAGCAAGCAGCGUUGCUGUCAGAGCGCGCCCAGGUCGCCACCAAAGCCAUGGAGGCCAAAGAGGCCAAGCUCAAACUGUAAAACACGGACACACACAACCACACACACACACACACACACCAGAAAC